UAUCAUCAUCGUUAGCGAAGAAAAACACCAUCAUUUUUAUUCACUGCACAUUCGGUGAUAUAUUAUUUGAUAAUUUUUUGACAUUUCUCACUCGCUCGCUCAACCUUCUAUAUUCCUAAUCUUUCUAUCUCAAUUUACGAUAAACCAGAAUGGCAUACAUCAUCACUCAUGAAGAAAUCGAUGAAACUGUCAAGUAUUUAAAAUCAAAAGUAUCAAUCGAACCAACUAUUGGUAUUAUUUGUGGAUCUGGUCUUGGUGGAUUGGCUGAUCUGAUUACUGAACCAGUAUCAGUUGAAUAUAAAGAUAUACCACAUUUUCCAGUUAGUACAGUUCAUGGUCACGCUGGAACACUAGUAUUUGGACACCUUGGUAAAGCUUCUGUUGUUUGUAUGAAAGGACGAAUCCAUGCAUAUGAAGGUUAUUCAUUGGCACGAUGUACAUUUCCGAUUCGUGUUAUGAAAGGUUUGGGCGUUGAAACUUUGAUCGCUACAAAUGCUGCCGGUGGUCUCAAUGAACAUUUCAAUGUCACUGAUAUUAUGAUGAUUAAAGAUCAUAUCUUUUUCCCUGGAUUUUCUGGCAAUAAUCCACUUCGUGGUCCAAACGAUGAUCGUUUCGGUAUCCGUUUUCCAGCCAUGAAUACUUGUUAUGAUCAGGAAUUGAUGCGAUUGGCCGAAGAAGCUGUGGAUAAAUUGAAAAUUAAUAAACAUUUUCAAAAAGGUGUCUACGCUAUGGUUGGUGGUCCAAAUUUCGAAACAGUUGCUGAAGCCAAAUUACUUCGUAUGGUUGGUAGCGAUGCUGUUGGCAUGAGUACUGUACAUGAAACAAUGGUAGCACAUCAUUCGGGUAUGCGUGUCAUUGCAUUCUCAUUGAUUACCAACAAAAUUGUGAUGGGUUAUGAUUCCGACGAUAAAGCCAAUCAUGAAGAAGUGUUGGCCGCUGCUAAAGAACGAUCUAAAGAUUUUGAAAAUUUGAUUCAAGAAAUUGUAGCCAGCAUUCCAAAUGGCCACAUUGUUGCAAAUGACAAUUGAUAAUUGAUAACUUUAUUGUUAUUUUUGAGUUUUUAUCGUUAAAUCUUAAACGAACAAAUUUUAACUUAUUAAAAAAAUGAAUAAAUUAAAAUGUUUUUAAAGUAAAAA